GUGGCGACUUAGAUGACAAGGAAUUAUACAGAGCUUUGAUCUUUCCUAUUUCAUCAAAUUGGUGAUUGAAAACGUCAGAGAACUUUAUAGUCGGAAGAGAGAUGGAUGAUCCCUCUGAAGACAGUCGGCCAGGUCAGCCAGGUGUUGUCAAAAAGAUUUUUCUAACAGUAUCCCAGAGAUACCAAACGUUUCUUGACACAACAGUUCCACAUCUUGCGCUACGAUGGAUUUCAACUCUGGUCAUGAUAGUGUUGUUCCUUGUCAGGGUACUUUAUCUUCAGGGCUGGUACAUAGUCACAUAUGCACUUGGUAUUUACCAUCUUAACUUGUUUAUUGCAUUCUUGACACCUAAAAUUGAUCCAGCUUUAGAAGAAUUAGGUGAGGAGGACCUAGAAGAAGAUGGGCCUUAACUUCCUACUAAAGCUGAUCAGGAGUUCAGACCUUUUAUCAGAAGGUUACCAGAGUUUAAAUUUUGGUAUGCAGCAACAAGGGCUGUUGUUAUUGCCAUAACAUGUACAUUUUUUGAAUUUUUUGACAUCCCUGUGUUCUGGCCCAUCUUAGUCAUGUACUUUAUUGUUCUUUUUAUCAUCACAAUGAAGAGACAAAUUAAGCAUAUGAUAAGAUACCGAUAUCUACCAUUUACUUAUGGAAAACAGAAAUACAGAGGCAAAGAUGAGUCAAGUGAUGUGAUGAAAUCAUAAGUUUAAAGAACAGAAAGUUAUUGUUGCCAAGCUGUACAGUAAAAGUUUUAGUUAUGACUAACUGGAUGUGUACAUCUGAGUUUAAUCAAACACAACCCUAGAUCCUCAUCUUCAAUCAUCUGAAACUCAAGAAAUUAUUGGAAUAAUCUGUACUGAUUUUCCUAUCUGUUUAUUAUUGCAAAUUUUGAUCUAAAAGGUGUCAAUGUUAAAUUUUCAUGCCAGGCCUUUUGGUCAGUGUUUUUAAUGUGUCUUAUGCAUGAAACCAAACUGUAGGGGAAGUAGCUUGUGCCACCUUAACCCUUAAUUCACUAUAGCACUUAUUUUCCAUGAUACUGUAAGGAAAAAUUAGAGGUCAGUCACUUCUACUAGUUAAGGGUUAUUGUACACUUAGUUUACCAAACACAACACACUCUAGAUAUUGUCAGUGUUAUCUAGUUACUUGUGUGCCUAUUGCUGUCUGUGCAACCAUUUUAUUUAGAAAUUUAUGUGUAUAAGGCAGAUUCUGAAACAAAAAAGAAUCUCUCUUGUUUUUAAAUAAAAUUUAUCAAGGUUUAUAGUGCUAGAAGCCCUCUAUUCCCCUUGGUCUUCUUUAAUGAUUCACUCAGGGUAGUAAAGGUAAGGCAAGAAAUGGACAAGACUUAUUUCUGUAAGAAAGGGGCAAAAUGGCCUUACCUUGGUGUUUUGAGGUUUUUAAAAAGAAGAGGUUUCUGGUCUUUGUCAUGAAUUUGAAUAUAGAAACAUUCAGUUGCUAUUAAAUAACCUGAUUUGAAACUCUUUUCUUGGAUGAGAAGACGAUUCCUUCUUACACAACAAUCGCUAAUGCCACCUAUGUUUAUAUUUUCAAAUUUGUGUGAUCAAGGCUAUUUAGAUCUUAGAAGACUUUAACCCAGAGCACAUGUUCCUGUGCUUCAGACAGAUAAUCUUUCUCAAAAGUCCUCAACUUUGGGGAAGUCUAUUUGUCUGUUUGCAAACUUUUCAAGCCAUUAAAUUCCUUUUGAAAAGUUUUUUUUUUUAUACUUGAUAAUGAUAAUGGUUUACAAGACUGGCUGGCUCCACCCUCCUAAUCAUUAGCUAAUUAAAGCUACAGAUUGAAGAAACGGGAAAUUUUGGGUUGUUUUUUUGUUUGUUUGUUUGUUUUUUUUGGGUUUCCAUAAAGAGGCUAUGAAUGAGUGAUGUGUUAGUGCAAUGCUCAGUAGAAUGAAAAUGUUGUAACUGUUUUGUGAGAACUUUGAGUUGAGUACAUGGUUAGAAUAUAUUGAGAAUGUGAACUUUCUUGUUCAAGGGAGAGGAUCAAAUUGCCACAAAAUUUCAACUUAUGAAUAUUUUAUUGAUACAUCGUGAGCUUCCUUUAUUAUACAACAUAUAACUUAAAUUUUCAUUUUCUACUACAAGUUGCAAUCCUCAUGGAAAUCAAAAGCUGUAACCACGGAAACCAGGCCCCUCUUUGCCUUUUAUAUUUGUUUUUCUCAACCAAAGGUUGAGGAAGUCAGCCAUGGAGGGGGCCUGCUUUCAAGACUUUACAAAAAAACUUUUUUUUUCCCUUCAUUUGAUCUUUUGAGAUGAAACUUGCAGUCAGUGGUAUGUGAAAGUUAUAACAUGUUUUAAUGUUGUCUCACAUUGUCAUGGCCAUCUACAAAGCAAAAUAUAUUAACAAGAACAUCUCUGGAAAACUUCAAAAACUGUUAAGUAAUCUGUGUCACUAUCAAUAAUUAUUUUAGCACCUAUAAUCAUUCAUUCAUAGUGAUUAAUCAUUGGAUGUGUCCAACUGGAUUUCAAUAAAUAAAAGAUCAUCAGUCAUCUAA